UCCUCCGGAUCCUCUCUGCGGCUGGCCCUCCGGCCUCUGGUUUGGAGAGGGAAUGGAGAGUGAACCCCUCACCCUGAACUCCAAAACAAGUGAAUAGGCCUUUUCCCCGGGAUACUGGGGAAUUCCUGAGCCUGGACUGUGGCCACAGGGCUAUACUGAGUCCAGGUGGGAGAAUGAGUAUCACUGUGUCACCACUCUGUGAUACCCUCUCUGACUGAUCACCAUCAUCACCUUCAAUUUGGAUGUUCAUUCUGUUUCAUUUGACCUGAUAAGAUAUAAACUCCCAGGGUAAAUUAGCUUAGCUAAGGAUACAGUUCAGGAGACCAGCAUGCUGAUCUUGGCUGCCUUAGGCAGAGAUUGGUGAGCAAGAGAAGCCUCAGAUCAGAACAGGUAGGAACAGGGGAGCAGCUGCAAUGGCUUCAGGAGUCCUGGAGAACAUAGAGGAGGAGGUGACCUGCCCCAUUUGCCUGGAGCUCCUAAAAGAACCCCUGAGCCUGGACUGUGGACACAGCUUCUGUCAAAACUGCAUCACUGCCAACAACAAGGAGUCCAUGAUGGGCCAGGAAGGAGAGAGCCACUGCCCAGUGUGCAGGCUAAGUUACCAGCCUGGGAACCUGCGGCCUAAUCGGCAUUUGGCCAAUAUAGUGGAGACGCUUAGGAAUGUCAAGUUGAGCCCAAAGAAGGAGCAAAAGAUAAAUCUCUGCGUGCGCCAUGGAGAGAAACUCUUGCUGUUCUGUAAGGAGGAUGGGAAAUUCAUUUGCUGGCUUUGUGAGCGGUCUCAAGAGCACCGUGGUCACCACACAUUCCUCAUGGAGGAGGUUGCUCAGGAGUACAAGGAGAAGCUCCAGGCAGCUCUGAAAAGGCUAAGGGCAGAGCAGUGGAAAGCUGACAAGUGGGGAGCUGACAUCAAAGAAGAGAGAACUUCUUGGAAGGAUCAAAUAGAAAAGGAGAGCCAAUGUGUUCAGGAUUAUUUUGAAAAACUGACAGGAAUCCUGGAGAGUGAGAAGCAGAAGGAGCUGCAAAGGCUGAAGAAGGAGGAAGGAAAUAUUCUGAAUUACCUGGCUCAUGCUGAGAGUGAUCUGGUCCAACAGAGUCAGGUGUUGAAAGAUCUCAUCUCGGAUCUGGAGCAUCGGCUGCAGGGGUUACCAGUAGAGAUGCUACAGGAUGUGAAUAGCAUCAUGGAAAGGAGUAAAACCUUCACUCUGAUGAAGCCAAAAAAUGUCUCCAAGAAACAAAGGAGAGUGUUCCAAGCUCCCGACCUGAAAGGGAUGCUGCAAGUACUUAACGAAUUGACAGAUGCGCAACGCUACUGGGUUUACGUGACCCUGGAUCCUCCCAUGCAUAAAACAAAUGUUAUCAUCUCUGAGGAUCAGAGACAAGCUGAAAUAUAUGAGCAAGAGGAACCUUGGAUACCAGAACAGGAGUACCUCCAGGAAGGCCUUAAAUCACUGAAGGCGGAACAGCAGAAAGCUGAGCAAAUGGGAGCCGACCUCGAAAAACAGAGAACUUCCUGGAGGGAUCUAAUAGAAAAUGAUAGGCAAAGUAUCCAGGAUUCUUUUAAAAAACUGAGAGAAUUCGUGGACAGUGAGGAGCAGAAGAUGCUGAAAAUGCUGAAGGAGGAGGAGACAGAUGUUCUCAAUGACUUGGCUCAGACUGAGUGUGAGCUGGUCCAGCAGAGCCAGUUGUUGAAAAAUCUCAUCUCAGAUCUGGAAAAUCGGCUGCAGGGGUCAACACUAGAGAUGAUGCAGGAUGUGAAUAGCAUCAUGAAAAGGAUUAAAACCUUCACUCUGAUGAAGCCAAAAAAUGUCUCCAAGAUACAAGGAAGAGUAUUCCAAGCUCCUGACCUGAACGGGAUGCUGCAAGUCUUUCACGGACUGACAGAUGCGCAACGUUACUGGGUUCCUGUGACCCUGGAUCCUUUCCUGCAUAAAUCAAAUGUUAUCAUUUCUAAGGAUCAGAGACAAGUGAGACCUGUUUUUUCUUCCAGAACACUUAUUUUCCAUCAGAGAAACCGUUAUGAGGAUUAUGGUGUUCUGGGAUCACCCCGUAUUACAUCAGGGAAACAUUACUGGGACGUAGAUGUGUCAGACAAAUAUGCCUGGGUUUUGGGAGUAUAUGGUGAUAAUUCCCCUGAUGCUAAUAUGAUGGGUUUUGUAAGACAAGGUAACUGUUAUCAACAUGUUUGCUCUCUAUAUCAACCUAAAUAUGGCUACUGGGUUAUAGGGUUACAGAAUCAUUCCGAAUAUAAGGCUUUUGUGGAUUCUGCCUCCUCCAAUGCCUCAGCCUUAACCCUGUCCCUGACUGUUCCUCCCCAGCGUGUUGGGGUUUUCAUAGACUACAAUGCUGGCACUGUCUCAUUUUUCAACAUCUCUAACCAUGGGUUUCUCAUCUAUAAAUUCUCUUCCUGUUCCUUUCCUGAGAAUAUUUUUCCAUAUUUCAAUCCUAUGAAAUGUGUUGCCCCCAUGACACUGUGUUCUCCAAGGUCUUAAACCUCUUUCACCCUCACCCACUUCUAUGUAGUGCCUCUUGCCUUGGCUACAUUUAAUGGACUGAGUUUAUCUGUACCACUUUUACCAUCUUUUGCUACCUUUUUUUUUUUCUAAUUGAACACCCUUAGAUCACCAAUAGGGUGUACAAUGUGACUCGUGUCAUAUUUUUUCCCAGUAUCUUGUUUGAAUUAGUAGGGAAUCCUAAUUCAUCAUUUUCUAUAAUCAUAAAGAAAAUGGCUAUUGCCUCAUUAAAAAUAGAGACAUGUAUGGAGGUAGCAUCUCUGCCAAUUUUUACAUCCGCCACCUUUGAGAAGAUGAAGGAAAGCUUUUCAACAAUGUUUGUGUAUCAUUGAAGAGCUGUAUACAAGUCAGUCACUACAGAGUGAGUCCUUAGGGGUGUGUCUGUUUACGCAUGAUAUUCCUUAUUCAUCAGGGAAUGAAGGAGAAAAUAUUAUAAGUAGUAUCUUCUAACAUUGUAAACUUUGUGUCCUCAUUUGUCUGAGUUCAUGUCCAAUCUCUCCAAAUAUGCACAGUGAACCUUGAAUAAAAUACCUUAAUUUUGAUUUUGUUUUAUUUUUUUUAACAAUCCUG